AUGCCUUCUCCAAUUGUUGCCGCUACGGUCCAGGCGGCUGGCCUGUCUACUGUUUCUAAUAUCAUGGCUCAGAUGAUUGAGGCUCGUCAAGGAAACCGCCCAAUGUCUCUGGACAUCAUUCAGCUUCUGCGCUUCGUUGUUCUCACUUUAAUGACCGCUCCUCCCAACUAUCACUGGCAAGCCUUUCUAGAGCGAAAGUUCCCAGCUUAUCCUUCAGGUCGAAGGCCUAACCUUGAUCGUUUGAACGAUCUUGAGAUGCAGCCUGGCCAAGAUGCACCCGAGCUCAAGGAGGGUUACGAAGAGCGGUUGGCACAAAUCAACAAGGAUCGGGAGCCCAAGUUUAGUACUCGUAAUACCCUGACUAAGUGGUUUGUUGAUUGUAUUACUGCUGGUGCCAUCAUGAACACCAUCGCUUUUCUGAUCAUCAUGGGUCUGCUCAAGGGACAAGGCGGUUCUCAGAUCUGGAGCAACAUCAAGACGGAAACGAUUCCCAUUAUUGUUGCUGGGUACAAAAUUUGGCCGAUUGCAUCCAUCAUCAGCUUCACAUUUAUUCCUGUCCACCGACGCAUUGUAUUUUUGAGCUUUAUUGGUCUUUUAUGGGGUAUCUACAUGAGUCUAGUAGCCGCUAGAGUUUAA